CCACCAAACGUUAACCCCCAAUACAUGUCACCUGUUCUUUUCUUGCAUCAAUUUUCUGGCUAGAAAGUCACCAACUUGGCUUCAAUUUAAUACUCCCCUGAACCCGUCUUUUUCCUGUUGCUUUCUAUCCUAAUCUUGUUGUUUUUAUUGUUGGGAAUCGAUUCUGGGUAUAAAGUUUGAGGCUUUUUUGAGCAAGGGGAUUCAUCUUAAUGCAGGGUGUUGGUAUUAGUGGUGGGGGUGAAGGCUCUGCAAGUGGGUCAAUGUCAACGGUGUCAAGGGAGGACAACCUGGUUUUGUCUUCUGAGGAUUCUUCGUGUCCGGAUGAAACUGAGCUGGAGUUGGGUCUUGGUCUGAGCCUUUGUGGUGGUGGUGGUGGUGGUGGUGGUGGGGGUUUCAGGGUGAAACAAGCUUCGAGGGGUGGUCAAUAUGCCAGGAUUUUAACUGCUAAGGAUUUCCCUUCCUCUUCAUCAUCUUCUUCUCCAUCAUCAUCGUCCUCCGCAUCUUCUUCAUUGAGUAGGGCUAAUGUCACUGCUGGGGUCAAGAGAAAUGCUGAUUCUGUCGCUAAUUCUUCCAGUCAAGUUGUGGGGUGGCCUCCUAUAAGAGCUUACAGAAUGAAUAGCAUGGCUAACCAAGCAAAAACAAUAGCCACUGAAAGAUUUAAUCCAACUUUUGAUAAGAAUGAAAGCAAGAAUGCUGUGGCAGAGAAGAAUAACAUUGGCUGCUACAAGGAUAGUGGAAAUGCUAAGCGAAGUUCCCUGUUUGUGAAGGUGAAUAUGGAUGGAACUCUAAUUGGAAGGAAGGUUGAUCUGAACUCCCUAGGAUCCUAUGAGACCUUAGCAAAAACAUUGGAAGCAAUGUUUCUCAGACCCACCUCAAGCAUGGAUCCAAGAAGGACAAUUGUGCAUGAAAACGGCAUAAUGACUGAAGCAACAAGGCCUUCAAAACUGCUUGAUGGAUCAGCUGAGUUUGUGCUUACUUACGAGGAUAAGGAAGGAGACUGGAUGCUUGUUGGAGAUGUUCCAUGGGGGAUGUUCCUUAGCUCAGUGAAAAGGCUUAGAAUCAUGAGGAAAUCUGAGGCUACUGGUCUUGCUCCAAGGAUAGAGAGAGGGAAUGAGAGAUCAAGAAGCAAGCCCAUCUAGACUUCCUUCCGUCGAGCUCAAGUAAGAUGAAUACCUGUUUUGCGCUAGCAAUACACCCAGCAGAAAGAAAUACUGAAUAGUUAAAGCAUUUUGGUUUCUCUGUUUGUUCCUGGUUGCUGUAUAAUUUUGUUAUCCACUUUGUUCAUUCUCCUUACUGGUCUCCUGGUAUGGAACCACACUUUUUGAAAGUCACAGCACCGUAGUUUUCAAUGUAGUAUUAUACACAGAUACUCGAGUGAAUGCUGUUUCUUUUUGCUGUAAAUAAUAGAGCUAUUUUGCAAACAAUUUUAUCUUUCUUUUCUGGUCUUUUCCUAACGAUCUAGAUUUGUAUUUUUCUGAAUUGUUAAAAAUUUGUGAAGAAAUCAAUUGAUGUUGG